UCAACUCAUCAAUGUCAGACGUCAGCUGUUGGAAUUGUGUUAAUUGCCUUUGUUUUUUAAAUAUUUUAUCAGUUUACUGGUUAAAGAGCAUUGAGAUUUCAGUUUAACGACCAAUCUGUAACUAGUUAGAAGUAGCACAACGAAGACGUUUGCAUUUUAUGUGUUUGUACUAUUUAAAAAAUGAAGGCAAAAACUGGACUUACAAGGCUCCACAACUGUUACAUUCUUCGUGAAAGUCAAAUAAUUAAAGAGGACCUACUUAUUCGAGGGGGAAAAAUUGUGAGCCCAGAGGAAGUUUUUUAUGUGGAACAGGUAGACGCCGACGAAACUAUUGACUGUGAUAACUUGCUUAUUGCUCCAGGAUUUAUUGAUAUUCAAAUUAAUGGUGGAUGGGGAGUAGACUUUUCCUACGAUUCCGAAAGUGUAAAAGAAGGAGUUAAUAAAGUGGCAAAAGAAUUAUUAAGCCAUGGAGUAACAUCAUUUUGCCCCACUAUGGUGACAUCUGAAAAGGAAAAAUAUUCAAAAAUUUUACCAAAAAUACAGAAAACUCAAGGAAGCAAAAAUGGUGCAACUGUUCUAGGUGUACAUCUUGAAGGCCCAUUCAUAAGUUUAGCAAAAAAAGGUGCACACUCACCAGAGCUUAUUAGAAAUCCAGAAAAGGGUAUUGAUUCAAUUCUCGAAGUGUAUGGUACAUUAGACAAUGUUGUUAUAGUAACCAUUGCUCCAGAACUACCUGGAGCUUUGAAAGCCAUAAAAAGUUUAACUGAAAUGGGUAUAAAAGUAGCCCUCGGUCACACAGAAGCAAGCCUUGCUCAAAGUGAAGAGGGGGUGAAGCAUGGAGCAAACUUAAUCACACAUUUAUUUAAUGCUAUGUUGCCAUUCCAUCAUCGUGACCCUGGUCUAGUUGGUCUGCUAGCAUCAUCCACAGAAAAGCAGGUAUAUUAUGGAAUAAUAUCUGAUGGCAUCCAUACUCACCCAGCAGCACUAAGAAUUGCCUGUAGAACCAAUCCUGAAGGAUUAGUACUAGUGAGCGACGCAGUUGCAGCCCAAGGAUUACCAAAUGGAACCUUCCGAAUUGGUCCACAAACUGUUAGUGUAGAAAAUGGUUGGGCUUAUGUCGCUGGAACAAAGACCUUAUGUGGCAGCACUAUGGCAUUGGACCAGUGUGUUAAAACCUUUAAAAAAGCUACUGACUGCUCUCUCGAAUACGCCUUAGAAGCUGCGUCCUUACAUCCCGCAAAAGCAUUGGGAAUAGAUGAUAGAAAGGGAAAACUGAAUUUCGGCUAUGAUGCCGAUUUCGUAUUUUUACAUUCCAAGACAUUGCAAGUUAUGUCUACUUGGAUUGCUGGUGAAUGCGUUUAUAAAGCUACAUAAUUUAUAUAUAUUUUACAUUGUUACCAUUAUGUGAUAUAAGAAUUAUUAUUCUUGUGCUAUUGCACCAAGUGCUUCAUUUAUUUUACAUUUUUUUUAUUAUACAUUUUAUACAAAA